GAUGACGUCUAUAGCAUACUUAAUGCGACUUAUUGAAAAAAAGGCAAGACUCGCUAUUCAUGGAUAAAAAUCCGAGGGAAUCAGAGGGGGAAAAGUUUUAGAAAAAGAUAUGUAGACAAACGAAUAAGCAAGCCUACAACGAACCUCGUCGACUUUUUGUUUGCAAAGGUGAUUUUGUUUAUAGUACUUAUUGUAUAAAAGUGAUCGGGUUGGUUGAACCGACAAGCACAUAAGAAAACGGCGGUGGUGCUUCAGGGAAGAGGUGCCGUGAGAAAAAUCCCGCUCUCUCUCACACAGUCACAGCCGCACCCGAUCCGCAUCCGACAGCAUUUCUCUCUACCGACCCUACAAUAGCAUGGCCAGAUCUAGUAAAGCGACUUUAGCUUUGCUCAUCUACGGAAUCUUAAUGCACUACAGCGCCUACUGCACGUCUAUUGGGGUGGCUUUCCCCAAGAUGAGACUAGAAAAUGACGUAUUUGACGAGGACGGGAACUCGUUAAGCGACCUUGGCUUUGACACUGAUCAAAUUGCUAUACGAAGUUCUCCUUCUCUGACUGACGACGUAUACACACUAUACUAUCCGCCGGAGAAAAGAGCGGAAAAGCAUGCAGAUGGAUUAUUAGAUAGAGCCUUGAGGGACAUCCUGGUUCAGUUAUCAGCACGAAAAUAUCUGCAUUCUCUGAUGGCAGUUCGUGUAGGUGGGGGAAGCAGCGAGGAGGAAGAUUCGGAACCAUUAUCAAAAAGGCAUUCGGAUGGGAUCUUCACCGACAGUUACAGUCGCUACCGAAAACAGAUGGCCGUCAAAAAAUAUCUAGCAGCAGUCCUGGGAAGAAGGUACAGACAAAGAUUUAGAAACAAAGGACGCCGUUUUGCUUAUUUGUAGCGUCGAUAAAAAAAGAGCUCGCAGCUGCCCUCCUCUUGUGUACAUUCAGUCCUACGAUCAAAGUCAUUCUAAUAUAAGUGACUAAUCAGUGGAUCGCGCCUGUGUUCUUUAAACAUGUAUUUAUGUAUGAAGUAAAGCCAUUAAAAUGAUUAUUUUAAUAAUAACAUUGUUUUUCUUUUUGUACAAAAGCACUUCAAACCGCACAGUUAUACUUGGUGAUCAGUCGUUUAGUUUAAUGUAUAUAGCUUUAUAUGUUGAAAUCAAAACUUACCAAAAAAAACCAAACAAACAAAAAAAAAAAACAUUAGGAAAAAAUAUAUGAAAAUUGUGCACCUUGGACGUUAUGCGCUUGAUAUCUUUUCAAAUUCAUCAUAUGCAGAAAAUAAAUAGAUUUUAAAAAGACAAUCAAAGUUCUGAAUGUUAUACUUAUUUUUGUAAACAAAUAAAAUGAUAGAGUUUUUAUUUUAUCCAAAGUUGGCCUAGGGAUGUAGUGAACAUAGGCCCUGUGAUGCCCAGGCUGUAGUGAUCAUACAACAGGGGUCAGGGUGCGAGGCAAAGACGGCAGCACAAGUCCCUCCUUAUUACACUGUUGUGAGUCACCUGUCUGGCUCAUUAAAAAUAACUGUCCUAACUGUGUUUGUGAAUCAGUAUGCCUGACUAGAAUUGACUGAAAGUGUAAUUUAGUCUAUAUUGUUAUCCAUAUCUGGUUAAACUUGGUCUCCAAAGCUCAUUAGGCAAAUGUCAUAUCACCUACAUCUAAAUGCAUGAUACGUAAUGUAUGCAUGCAUGUGGAAGCCCCCUCUGUGUGCCUCAUGUAAUCCAUGUGUAUCCCAUGUGCUUAAGAAUGGCUUAUUUUUCAAAUACUUCCAUUCCAGUAGCUCAGUCUGCUUCCCCUGUCUUUGUAAGAGUGCUCAACAUGGUUAUGCAGGCUAUUGCAGAGUUAGACAAGCCGAAUGGAAAAUAACCCGCCUCCCCCCAACACACCCCCAACCCCUUUUCAGAAACCUGCAUGUUGUGAUGGCACUUUAAAGUGUGCUAUUAAAUAGCAUGUCAUCUUAUCAGUUGUAGGCAUGUUUUUGGUGACCUUAUUCAUGGUUUUGCACCAUUUCUGUCUUGUACUGCUAUAAUUUGUUUCUAAUACUGUGUAUUAAUGUAGACGUGUAUGUGUUGGGGAAAUAUAGAGAAUGCAAUUUUUGUUUCUUUUUUUUCUGUUGGGAAAAACAAAUAGUCAAAAGCCAGUUCAGCCUCAAAAUGUAUUUUGGUAAGGUCUCACGUGUGACUAUCGCUGAUUGUGUGCCCAUUAGAUUCUAGAGCAGUACUGCUACAGAGACGACACUUUCUGCAUACCUCUGAAUAGACCUGCUAGAGUUUGUUUACCCAUUUUCAUUUAGCUCCACCUCAUUGUGUUAAUGUGUAUCUCUUUAAAGAAAGUGUGGAGACUGAGAAAGGGAAUGAACCCCUGAGAGAUGACUGGGGAAGUAAAGUGUCCAAGAGUCCAGGGAACCCAGGUGCUCAGAAAAAGUUAUUAUUACUUAUGAACCAGUUUUGGCCCAUGUAGAUUUGAGUUAAAGAUAAUUAUUAUGCAGCACUGAAUAUUGAAACAACCUCUAUCCAUCA